CCACUCUCCCAGCCCACCGCUGCUCCAGCCCUGCCCCCCACCAUGGCUCCCGGGGCCCCGGCGUCCGCUCCCAGCCCCGUCCUGGCUGUCCUGGUCUUCUGCUGUCUGGCCCUGAGCCCGGCUGGAGCCAUUGUGGUGUACACGGACCGAGUGGUGUACGGGGCUGUGGGCUCCCGGGUGACCCUGCACUGCUCCUUCUGGUCCAGCGAGUGGGUGUCCGACGACAUCUCUUUCACCUGGCGCUACCAGCCCGAGGGCGGCCGGGAUGCCAUCUCGAUCUUCCACUAUGCCAAGGGCCAGCCGUACAUCGACGAGGUGGGCGCCUUCAAGGAGCGCAUCCAGUGGGUGGGCGACCCCCGCUGGAAGGAUGGCUCCAUCAUCAUCCACAACCUGGACUACAGCGACAACGGCACCUUCACCUGCGACGUCAAGAACCCGCCCGACAUCGUGGGCAAGACCUCCCAGGUCAAACUCUACGUCUUUGAAAAAGUGCCCACGAGGUACGGGGUGGUGCUGGGCGCCGUGAUCGGGGGCGUCCUGGGGUUGGUGCUGCUCCUCUUGCUGCUCUAUUACCUGGUGCGUUACUGCUGGCUGCGCAGACAGGCGGCGCUGCAGAGGCGCCUCAGUGCCAUGGAGAAGGGUCGGCUGCACAAAUCCUCCAAGGACUCCAAGCGUGGCCGGCAGACGCCGGUCCUCUAUGCCAUGCUGGACCACAGCAGAAGCUCCAAGGGCAGCGACAAGAAGUCCAGGGGCCUGGGGGACUCGCGCAAGGACAAGAAAUAGCGGUUAUGGGGCCGGGCCGGGGCGCGGGGCGCGGCCAAGCCCGCCCGGGGCGCGCGGGUGGUGGUCAUCGAGCUGGAACUCCGCAAGGAUGAGCCGGACGCCGCGCUGCGACCGGCCGUCAAGUCGCCCAGCAGGACGAGCCUCAAGAACGCCCUGAAGAACAUGAUGGGGCGGGACUCGGCCUCGUGAGCGCCCCAGCCCUGCCCGAGGGACGCCCCGUCCUGUC